AUGUAUGGAGUGUUUGGGAUAUUGGGCCCCUACAUCUGGAUGCAACUGAGGUCGUACUUGUUCGACGCUGCGAGUGGGAGAUUUGGGAGCCCCAGCCUUCAUGCAUCUGCGGUCAACUCCAGGCUGCGAACACUUGAGGGUGUCUGGCAAGUGUUGGAGUUCUGCAGCGCGCUGCAUUUCCUGAAAACUGGUCACUGCAGAAACGCCUUGGAGCUGGCCCUGGGGAUGCGCUGCGCCUAUUCCGACCCAGUCAUGACGCGCACAAUCAGCUGGGAGGUACUGAACCGGCAGCUGGUGUGGCACGAGGUUUCCGAACUCCUGCUGCUGGUGCUGCCCCUGCUGAGUCCGCAGGCGGGGCGGCAGCCGCAGUGGGCAUACUGGAGACGAAUGAUGUCGAGGGCGUUGAGCAUAGGUCCCAGCAUGGGGCCAUCCGCCCCCGUGCCAAGUUGCCCGGCGUGCGGCACAUCAAGCAUGCUGCUCCCUUUCCAGGCGGUGCCCUGCGAGCACGUCUACUGCUACUACUGCCUCGGCGCCCACUGCAACAAGGGCGAAUUUGACUGCCUAGCCUGCGGAAGUAGAGUUCUUGCAAUGAAGCGGUGGAUCCCCAAGGUUCCUCCCUCAAUCACAGGCCCUCCGUGA